AUGCAAUAAGAUCAUUGGCCUUUUCCUCAUCGUUAAGAUCUCAUAAGUCUUUUAACAAUAAGUAAUUAAUAUAUAUAAAAAUUUUAGAAAACUAAAAAAGAGAUUUCAUCUAUGAAAAUAGAUCAUAAUCUACAAUGACAAUAUAAGGCAUUGAUGGAACAGCUCCUAAAUUAAAACCAUACCAAUAUUUAAAUAAAGAAUAAUUUUGUAAUCGUGAUGACGAUAUUCCAGGAACUAGAUCUAGACCGCUAAUUAGAUCAAACAAUAGAUCUGAUAAUAAAUUAAUUGUUGAUGAUAUUAAAGAAACUAUGUCUAAAGUUAAUAAAUUUUCAAUCAAUUGA